GGAAAACCUAGAUCUGACAAUGGCUGCUUUCUCGACUAUUUUGUCGACUUCAGAACCUACAUCAGUCAGUUCAUCGACUCCCUCAAGCUUAUCGGCGCUUCCUCUUCCGGCGUCGCAUCCUUAUUUCAUCUCGAAUGAAGAUCUCUCGUCUCUUCAACUCGUGACUGCACCACUCUCUGACGCAAAUUACCAUUCGUGGGCGCGUUCUCUAAGGAUGGGAUUGCAAGCUAGCAACAAACUCUCGCUGAUCGAUCCUCUCUGGACGGCCUGGGAUCAGGCGAAUGUUUUGGUCCUUGGUUGGCUUCAGCGCUCAGUCUCGCCUGAGAUAGCGCAAAACGUCCUUUGGUUUGAUACGGCCGUCGAGGCCUGGGAAGACCUCUGAGAAAGUUUAGAAAUCAUUGGGAAGAACUGAUGAUCUUGAG